CUGUCUGCGGCUCAGAGUCCAGCCCCCCGCCCAGCCGCCGCCGAGCCGGGAAAGUGACCAUGGUGCCCACGCUGCUGCUGCUGCUGCUCUCGCUCCUGGGCGCACGGGGCAGGAUGGACGGCCCCCACCCCAGGCUCAGGCUGUCCUUCCAAGAGCUAAAAGCCCGCCACGGGCUGCACACCUACGGGCUGGAGCGCUCCUGCUGCUACGAGGUGCUGCUCCUGGACGAGGAGCGGGGCCGGCUCUUCGUGGGCGCCAAGAACCACCUGGCCUCCCUGAGCCUGGACAACAUCAGCCAGCAGGACAAGAAG